AUGAAUGUUGUGGAUGUACUAUCGAACGAAUGGAUCAAGUUUCCAACUACCAACCAUGAACUGAUGGAGGCCAAGCGGAUAUGGCCAAGCAUGUAUAAAUUUCCGACAGCAAUUGGUGUAAUUGAUUGUACCCAUAUAGGAAUCCUCAAACCAAGUCGCCAUGGAGAUGAGUAUAUCAACCGGAAAAGGAAACCUACUUUAAAUGUGCAAGCCACUUGUGAUGCCAGAGAGAUGUUCACAAGUGUUGCCGUCAGUUGGCCUGGAUCAGUGCAUGAUUCCAGAAUAUGGAGAAAUCCACAGACUGGAUCACAACUAAUAAAUAAAGCAAAUGCACUACUUAGGGAUGACGGUUAUGGUAUUGAGCCAUGCCUUAUGACUCCCUUCAGAAAUCCUACUCCAGGUUCAACAAUAACAGGCAAUCAACAAGAUAGCAGUAGCCAAACGCAGCAGGAUGGUUUCUCAUUGCAGCAGUUGUUGCAACAGCGGGAAGAGGAAAACAGGCAAGAAGUUGAAAGGCUCACUGCUGAAAUACGUGCGUUGAAACUUCAACUUCUCCAAUUCACGAAUGGUAAGUGA